AUGGACCCUUUGCCGUCAAGAAGCGAAAUUGCGAAUGCCGUUUUUUCGCUUAGCGAUUUCAAUGGACGAAUUCGAGCCUCAGGCCCUCAUAUUGGUGGCGCUUUUCUAGAGCGACGACUCUUCGGCGGACAGGCUGUGUCUCAGCUGUACGCGGCUUUUCGUCGUCGUUUCUCCGGAGAAACCCUCAGUUGUAUCUCGUAUAAAUUUGUGGCACCAGGCUCGGUGAGUGAACCGCUCGAUUUCGAUUUUGAGCGUUUCGGUGAAAUGACUCGCGGAUAUGUGUACCAGAAAAAUAAAUUGAUUGGGAUCGCCUUUUUGAGGCAAAAUGAUAUCAAAGCCUUGCUGGAGCCUCGUCGAGCCGAACAUCUCACUUGGGUGCCUGAGCCUGAGGGAAUGGUGCAAGAGCUGAGCUUUUUACAGCAAAUGGGCACUGGGCAUCGCGAGCAUAUUAUGCGCUUGUUGAACAUCACGAUUUUCGAGAUGCACAUCGUGGAAUUUGGGACGAAAAGAAUGAUGUUCUGGGGUCGAGUGCAUUCGGAAGUUAGAGAUAUCGUCCGCGAGAACAAUGGCAUCGAUUUGGUGGUGAUGCUAUCCGAUUAUUUCAUAGUACAGGUAGCGAGCAAUCAUUUCCUCAGCUUCGGCCUUCAUCUCCUCGCCGGUGCCAGUCUCAAUCACACAAUUCAUUUCCAUCAAUCCCCACAAAUGCUCAAUGUACAAGGCUUCUACUUGCUGGAAAUCGAAUUGGAGAGUGUUGCGUGGAAUCGAGCGAUUCUUCGAGGCCAUGUUUAUGAUCGAGAUCUUCGACUUGUACUCACUGUCGAUCAAGAGGCUUUCGCCUCACCGCAAUCUAUCUCAAAAUCAUCGAAAGCUAAGCUU